AAAGAGAAAAUUACAGGCAAGGACAAUACAAAUCCAUGUAUCAUUCAGCGCCAUGGGAAGGAAAGAAAAGAAAGGUUUGUGAAUUAUUGGGGAGGACAAAGCCCAUAAAACGAACGGGGAAAGCGAAAGCAACUCCUUCUCUCUCCUCUCUUCAACCCCCCUCCCUCCACCCACUGCGAGGAACUGGGCAUCGAAAGUGGCAAGAGACAGCAAAAGCACGACGUUUGCGCUCCCCACAGUGACCCCAUCAAGCCCCGGUCUCCUCCAUGUAGUGUCUCUCUUUGUCCUCUUAGCCGCUUGAAAGCACCACGAAUAAAAUCUCCCUCCUCCUCCUCCUUCAUUGUUUCUUGUUUUCUUGAUGUGAAUCUCGUGGCGAAGAAGAUGCCAAGGCCUGGCCCGAGACCUUAUGAGUGCGUCAGACGAGCUUGGCACAGCGAUAGGCACCAUCCCAUGCGAGGUUCCAUCGUCCAGCAGAUCUUCAGGGUCGUCAACGAGGCUCACAGCUCUGCAACCAAGAAGAACCGGGAAUGGCAAGAGAAGCUUCCCAUUGUUGUUCUCAGAGCUGAGGAAAUCAUGUACUCUAAAGCUAAUUCCGAGGCGGAGUACAUGGAUCUAGAAACUCUAUGGGAGAGGGUUAAUGAUGCCAUUAAUACCAUUAUUCGGAGGGAUGAGAGCACUGAAACUGGAGACCUUUUGCCACCAUGUGUUGAAGCUGCAUUGAAUUUGGGUUGUGUCGCUGUGAGAGCUUCAAGAAGUCAAAGGCACAAUAAUUUUAGGACUUAUCUGACUCCAAGAGCACGGGAACCUGUUGCUGAGAUGUCUGGAACUUCGGAUAAGCUAAUGGACAGACGAUUUCCGCCUUCACCGGCGGCGGUUCAUUCUGCACAGUUUCCGAAAGUUGCCAGGUCCGAAACUGCGGGUUCCCAUCUCUUGGUAGCUGAGCCUUCCAAUCAUGUGAUUGAAAGACAUGAACUUGCUUCUCCUUGCAGUCACCCUCUUCCAUUUGAGAGUAGUCCCAGAAGAUUUAACGGAUUGAUGAACAUGGAAACAAACACCUUGAUGAACUUCGAUACGGUAUAUCCGUUGUACUAUGGAACCCACUAUCCAACUGAAGAGCUGCGGACAGUUUCACAAGUUCGAGAUGAUGCCGGCACUAUACUUGUUGGAACCCCCAUAGGGAGAUCGAUUCCAGAGUCUACUGAAGCUGGUAUGCUGCACAACGUCUUAUCCCAUAGUAGUUCUGAAGGUACUUUGAACAUUGUCAGAAGAGUCGAUUCCAGAAACACCGGUGAGAAAUCAUCAGAGGAAAAAUGUGACUUGUCAUUACGGUUGAGUUUGGAUUCAGAUCCGUGUGCGAGCACGAGACUUAGUCCAGUUCCUGAAGCUGAGGAUUUUGAUUUGAAUUGUUCCCAGGAGAGAAUGGCGCUUACUGCAUCACAAAUGCAUGUCAACAAGGAAUUCUGUUUUCUCCCGAGCAGAACCUCAACCAUGGAACAGCUCGAGUUCUCGCCAUGUAAAUGGAUUUCAGAGGGUGAGGGUAGGAUUUUGGAGGCAACAAUUAGGAAGCGCAAGGAACCUUUUGGAAACAAUGAGGGAGCUGGGCAAUUUUUCUGGCAACCAGAGUUCCAACACAAUUUGGGUACUGGUUUAUAGACACUUUUUCUUGCAGCUAUAUCAAUGCCUUUUAGUUCAGAAAUGCCCUAAAGUAUGCAUCUGCCCUUGAUUUACGUUAACGAUGAUAGUGUUACCUGCUUCUGAUGGUUGCUAGUGUUUGUGGUGCAAAAGUUUAAACGACAAAACAAACCAAGCUUUCUCAUCUCAGGCAGUCCACAAAGAAUUUUCUUUAUAUGGACAUAUAUGGAUCCGGACACUUUCUUGGUGCAUGUUAAGUUACAUUGUGUGACGGGCUAUCUGGGAACUGAUAUCUGGCAGAGGGUAGAUGCAGCAUUGCCUCCGUUCGAGAAUGGGAUAUUUACCAGCUCCAAUAUGAGCUUUUUUAGUGAGCAUAUAAAUGCAAGAAUGUCCUCACGUCAGAAGGCGAUGUCUUACUGGUACAGGUGUCUCACUGGAGAGCUCAGUAGUUUUUCAAAAAAUAUUGAACUAGUUGUGCAGUGCCCUGCUGCCAUAUUCUUCUGUUGGUAUCUUCAUGAGAGUUAAGACUUUAGGAUGAACUAAAUGGUCUGUUGGAUGAAGGAAAAGACAGGGUAACAUCAUCUAUGGAGAUGCCUUCUUUGGCUCGAUUUUCCAAUUGGAAUGGUGAUGUUCACUGACUUUUUACUUUAUAACUUUUUCCGGGAGUUGUCAACUAACUUGAGCAGAGUGUGCUCAUGCCAGCAUGACCUGGUCAAGAGUCCUUGGAGAAGGUGUGUCAAAGACUGAAUGAAGUGAAGCAAUAAAUUAAGAGAAAGAGCAUAGCAAGAGGAAACAAUGACAGUGGGGUCGAUCUGAUCUGGUAAGAGAGUUUAAUUGAGUUGGUUUAGUUUUGAUGGUCAGUAUGGUAGCUGUAGUCAUCUGAUCCUCGUUGGAUCUUGUUGUAUUGGCUUCUAGCAGGAGUUAGUCGCCCCAUGUGGUGGUCCGGAACGUCAUUUCUGUAAGCGUCAUUGAAAAAAGGGAUUAGCCUUCAGUGUUCCGCAGAAGGCGCACCAAAGGCGUGCAUCAAAGCUCUGUUUUCAGAAAAUGAUGAGCUCUUUCAAAACUUCUGUUAGUGCUAUGCUUAUGGGAAAUGUAUGAACUCAAAUCUUUCUUGA